CUGGAGAGACCAGACAUACAGCCACACAGCACAGAGAGAGUCUUCCUCAGUGUGUCCAACCACAUCUUCACUGUGAUCUUCAUAGCAGAGAUGACCGUUAAGGUGGUAGCCCAGGGGCUGUACUCAGGUGAAGCAGUCUAUCUGAAGAGCAGCUGGAACGUUCUGGAUGGAUUGUUGGUGUUUGUAUCUCUGCUGGACAUUCUGGUUUCCGUAGCGUCCGCCGGCGGUAACCGUAUCCUAGGAAUCCUCCGAGUACUGCGUCUCCUUCGAACCCUUCGACCACUCAGGGUGAUCAGUCGAGCCCCAGGGCUGAAGCUGGUCGUAGAGACUCUGAUCACAUCUCUGAGACCCAUCGGAAAUAUUGUCCUCAUCUGCUGCGGCUUCUUCAUCGUGUUCGGAAUACUGGGAGUACAGCUUUUCAAGGGUAAGUUCUUCCACUGUGAGGGCGUGGACGUGAGGAAUGUGACCAAUAGGACUGACUGUCUCCGUGCCGGCCACCGGUGGAUACGACGCAAAUACAACUUUGAUAACCUGGGACAGGCGUUGAUGUCUCUGUUUGUGCUGUCCUCUAAAGACGGGUGGGUCAGCAUCAUGUAUGACGGACUGGACGCCGUGGGGGUAGACCAGCAGCCAGUGAGGAACCACAACCCGUGGAUGCUCCUGUUCUUCAUCUCCUUCCUUCUCAUCGUCAGUUUCUUCGUCCUCAACAUGUUCGUGGGCGUCGUCGUGGAAAACUUCCACAAGUGUCGUCAGGACCAGGAAGAAGAGGAGGCCAAGGCCCGGGAGGAGAAGAGAGCCAAGAGAGCAGAGAAGAGGAGGAGGAAGGCCCAGGAACGUCCCUACUUUGCAGACUACUCCCCGGUGCGUCUCACCAUCCACACGUUGUGCACCAGCCACUACCUGGACCUCUUCAUCACCGUCAUCAUCGCUACCAACGUCCUCACCAUGAGCAUGGAGCAUUACAACCAGCCACAGUAUCUGGAGGAGGGGUUAAAGUAUUGUAACUACGUUUUCACUCUGGUGUUCGUCAUCGAGACGGUCCUCAAACUCAUCGCCUUCGGGCUGAGACGCUUCUUCAAGGAGAGGUGGAACCAGCUGGAUCUGUCCAUCGUGUUGUUGUCCGUAAUGGGCAUCACUCUGGAGGAGAUCGACCUGAACGCGUCGCUACCCAUCAACCCUACGAUCAUACGCAUCAUGAGAGUACUGAGGAUCGCCAGAGUGUUGAAGCUGUUGAAGAUGGCUACAGGGAUGAGAGCUCUCCUGGACACUGUAGUUCAGGCCCUGCCUCAGGUGGGGAAUCUGGGUCUCCUCUUCAUGUUGCUGUUCUUCAUCUACGCUGCGCUGGGAGUGGAGCUCUUUGGGAAACUGGAGUGUUCCGAGGAGAAUCCGUGUGAGGGUCUGAGUCGUCACGCUACGUUCCAGAACUUUGGCAUGGCGUUCCUCACCUUGUUCCGCGUUUCCACCGGUGACAACUGGAAUGGAAUUAUGAAGGACACGCUGCGGGACUGUCGUCCAGAAGACCGGUCCUGUCUGACCUACCUUCCUCUGAUUUCUCCGGUCUACUUCGUGACCUUCGUCCUGACGGCCCAGUUCGUGCUGGUCAACGUGGUGGUGGCGGUGUUGAUGAAACACUUGGAGGAGAGCAACAAGGAGGCGCAGGAAGAGGCAGAGGAGGAGGCCAAGGAGGAAGAGGCGCGUCAAGAGGAGGCCAGGCAAGAGGAGGCCAAGCAAGAGGAGGCGCGCCAGGAGGCCAGCCGUCCCCUUAGCAACGCCGAAGUGGGCGGGGUGGAAUCAUCUGGACAGGUUGUGGAAGAAGAGCGUUGUCGUGGUAGCCUGCUGACGGUGGGCCGGCCGUCUCUGUCUCGUAUGAUGUCUCUGCCCAGCGACAGCUACAUGCUCCGCCCCCUACAGUCCCUCGGACACACCCGCUACCCUCCCAUUGGCCACGACACCUACAAGGGAUGUGGUUUCUCAGGUUCUGUCUACUCCAUGGGCUCUAGCGGAGCAGGAUCCCUACUACAGGUCCCGGGGGCGUUACCAUCUGGAAGCCAUGCCUCCCUCAGCUCGAAGGGCUCCAGCUGCAGACCGACAGUCAGACUCAGCCCCUCCCACAGCGUAGACAGACACUCCGCCUCCGUGGGAAGACACACCCCCAGGAGGCCCGUCCACGUCGACGGCAGACGAGCGUCGUUUAUCCGUAGUUCUCACGACACACACAGUUACAGACUCAGCCCUGCUCAGAGCAUCGACGGAGACUCCUCCCGUUACCUCAAUAGACGGGCCUCUUAUCUACAUAGCCCCUCCCACAGCAUGGACAGUAGACACACCCCUUAUAUCCACAGCCCAUCCCACAGCAUGGACAGUAGACACACCCCUUAUUUCCACAGCCCCUCCCACAGCAUGGACAGUAGGCACACCCCUUAUAUCCACAGCCCCUCCCACAGCAUGGACAGUAGACACACCCCUCAUAUGGAUAGACACACCCCUUAUAUCCACAGCCCAUCCCACAGCAUGGACAGUAGACACACCCCUUAUAUACACAGCCCCUCCCACAGCAUAGACAGUAGACACACCCCUUAUAUCCACAGCCCCUCACAAGGCAUCAAUAGACACACCUCUCCUAACAAUAGACACACCUCUUAUAUGAGCAGCCCCUCCCACAGUAUAGACAGACGGGACUCUUAUAGGCUUAGCCCCUCCCACAGCAUAGACAGUAGACACACCCCUCAUAUGGAUAGACACACCCCUUAUAUCCACAGCCCCUCACAAGGCAUCAAUAGACACACCUCUUAUAUGAGUAGCCCCUCCCACAGUAUAGACAGACGGGACUGUUAUAGGCUUAGCCCCUCCCACAGCAUGGACAGACAGCCGGGACCCACUUCCUCCAUCAGUGUGAGGAGACAGCUGAGGAGACAGGAAGCGGUAUGUUGUGACUCUGAAGACCUGAGCUGCAGUUCCGCUGACGAUCUGCGUCUGAGCUCUGUCGACGGCACCCACCUCACCGUACCCAGCAUGCACCUCUGUCCGCUACCCAGCCUGCCCCCUGGUGGAAACACACACCUGGACCUACACCAGCCUUCCUCGCCUUCCCUCUCCCCCCGAAGACGUACCUCCAGCGCACACACACUCCGCCACACACACACCGUACACACACUGCGUCACACACACAGUCAGAGGGUUAUAUCGAUAAGAGAACACGGUAGGAGCCACAGUGAUAGUGGCCCCCAGACGACAGACAACCCGCAGACCCCGGGCUCCAGGCCCGUCUCUCUCUGCUUUGGAGGUUCCAGCCCAUCCCUCUCCUCCCCCUCCACUCCCCAGAGGCCUGAGAUACCCCAGACCCCGGGCCCCAGGCCCGUCUCUCUCUGCUCUGGAGGUUCCAGCCCAUCCCUCUCCUCCCCCUCCACUCCCCAGAGGCCUGAGAUACCCCAGACCCCGGGCCCCAGCUCCAGGCCCGUCUCUCUCUGCUCUGGAGGUUCCAGCCCAUCCCUCUCCUCCCCCUCCACUCCCCAGAGGCCUGAGAUACCCCAGACCCCGGGCCCCAGCUCCAGGCCCAUCUCUCUCUGCUCUGGAGGUCCCAGUCCGUCCCUCUCCUCUCCCUCCACUCCCCAGAGGCCUGAGAUACCCCAGACCCCGGGCCCCAGCUCCAGCUCCAGGCCCAUCUCUCUCUGCUCUGGAGGUCCCAGCCUGUCCCUCUCCUCCCCCUCCACUCCCCAGAGGCCUGAGACCCCCCAGACCCCGGGCCCCAGCUCCAGGCCCAUCUCUCUCUCCUCUGGAGGUCCCAGCCUGUCCCUCUCCUCCCCCUCCACUCCCCAGAGGCCUGAGACCCCCCAGACCCCGGGCCCCAGCUCCAGGCCCAUCUCUCUCUCCUCUGGAGGUCCCAGCCUGUCCCUCUCCUCCCCCUCCACUCCCCAGAGGCCUGAGACCCCCCAGACCCCGGGCCCCAGCUCCAGGCCCAUCUCUCUCUCCUCUGGAGGUCCCAGCCUGUCCCUCUCCUCCCCCUCCACUCCCCAGAGGCCUGAGAUACCCCAGACCCCGGGCCCCAGCUCCAGGCCCAUCUCUCUCUGCGCUGGAGGUCCCAACCUCUCCAUCUCUACUCCUUCUACUCCCCAGAGCCUUCAGACCAGCUUUGAUCCAAACCAGAUUCCCAGUUCCAGCCUUGUUCCAUUUCCCACGAUCCUCGGUUCCAGUCCCAACCGUAUCCCCACUUCCUUUCUAGAUGAGACAGAUGUUGAAAUCUGUUGCAUCACACGUCACUCGUCCAGCCCCCCGCACACUCCCCAUUCCCCUCACCCCUACCUGUCCCUCCACGCCUGCCUCUCAUUUGAAGAGGACCAGAGGAGCCGGUGUCUCACCGGCCAAUCGACGUCUCCCGUUCGAGAGUGGACCAGGAAGCAGAGGAUGAGCCCGCCUUGCAUCUCCGUAGCGCCACCUGCUGAAGCCCAGGUUUCCACGACGACCCGGUCGACGGACGGCAGCACGCACCUGAGGAGGCGGACCCUGUCGGUUGACUCCGCCUCUCAGAGAGACUCGUUGGACACGGACCCAGCGGAGACACGCCUUUCUGUCCCUUUUCUCCAAUUGGACUCUAGCUUUAUAAGAGUCACGGUGGAUUCUGACCAAUCGGGAUGCUCGUUGUUGACGGACAGCGAAUCGACAGUCGAGGGGGACGCGGAGGGGGAGGGGAGAGAAGUGGGAGGAGGAGCUCGGAACUCACAGUCUCUGCUGGGAUUGGUUCCCAACCCUCUCAGGAGGAGGAGCUUAGUGCGCAUGCUCAGCACACGGGAAGGAGAGGGGGAGGAGUCUCAACCCUGACCCCUGACCUUUGAGAAAUCGUUUUCCUUUUCUCCAACCCUAGAGAGACUCUGUGGCGACGCAGCAUGGUUUUAAUCCAGCCCUGUUGGAACGAGUCCUGAUUCAGCCAAUCAGCUUCUUGAUAAGGACAUCCCUAACCUAACUGAAUGAUAUGCAAAUAGGACCCGCCCACCUUCUCCCUCCCUCACCCACCGAUUGGUGGAAACUGUGAGCGGUUUGUCUGUUAGGAGAAAGUUAUGUGUCGUGACAUCGUACAGAAACCUGCCGUGAGUUUACCUUUAACUACGUCACCUUUAAUCACCUUUGACCCCUUUCACCCCCCGCCCCCCUGGCGACAGCCUCUCUCGUUAGCUGUCGGAGUGACGUCACGUUCCUUCCGGAAACACCCGGAAAGACUUUUCACGAAGAGGUUUAUUAUCACUAGAUCUAAAGACGUCACCUUUAACCUUGGACCUUCUUAAUCUGUUGUUUGUCUGUUACCUUCCUUAUUGUACAGCUUCUGUUAGGUCCUGUUUUAGUUCAGAACCUUCUCCUAUAUUGUUAAAUAUAUGGCUGGUUAUACGACUGUGGUUUACUGUAACUAACUAACUAACUGGCAGGUUAGGAACUCUGUCACUGUAACUUAGAACUACUCUCUCUCUCUCUCUCUCUCUCUCUCUCUCUCUCUCUCUCUCUCUCUCUC